CCGGGACCGCCUCGGUGCAGGCACGGGCUGUGCCAGCCAGGGCCACGCGGCCUCAGGCCGGGAGGUGCAUGUGAUCUUCCUGCGGGGGCCAGCGGGCAGGAUGGGGGCCAGCCAGGUGAACCUGGAGCUGGGCCCAGCCCCCCCCGGCAGAACACCCAUCUUUGUGCUCAGCUCCCCCGCGCCUGUGGUCUGGCGCCUCCAAAUGGCCAAGGUGGCUCUUGAAGAGCAAUGGGCCUUCCAGAUGGGGCCUCGCCGGGUUCCUGCAAACUUCGCAGGAACUUCUUCUCCCCGACCCAUUUCGCCUCCGACCUGCAGCCACGGCCCCUGUGGGGCUGCCUGACCUCUGAGCCCCCCCGGGACUCUGAAGUUCAUGUCAUCUUCUCCAGAGGAGCCAGUCCCCGGCCCCCAGCCCAUCUCACGGUCCAGCUCCAAGUGCCUGGAGGCUGCUGCUCCCCCCGCCGGGAGCUGAUCAUGGUGCUGAAGAGUGAGGGCGCCACCAGCUGGCUGGUUCGAACCCCGCACAUGGCAGGGCCCCUGCGAGUGCUGGCGUCCCACAAGGUCUCAGUCAGCAACACAGAACCGGACCUGGGCCUGGCUGUGAGCAGCGGCACGUCCCUGGGUCUGGCCUAUGCCAGCGACCCCUUGGCCUGGGCGAUGGAGCAGGGGCUGCCUGGGGUCACAUCCUACACGGAGGCCAGGCGGGUGAACAGGUUCCUGGUCACUGUGGGGCUGGAAGGGGACCCCAAGCCCCCCCAUUCUUCCAUCCCACCCCCCAGAGGCACAGAGAUCUCCCCCAAGGGCUGGGAAAGGAGCUGGGCAGCUCCAGGUGGCAGGAGCGCUGUGGGGCUGGCAGGAGCUCUGUCUGUGGUGUGUCUGAGCGAGAGGGUAACUGCUCAUGUCAGCAAGGUCGUGCUCCAGGCUGCUGGACGCUCCCCAGCCCGAGUGACCCUGCGGGACCCCAGCUCUGCAGCCCAGUCCAAUGGCACCCACUUCCUGCUGGAGUCGCCCCUGGCUGACUGCGGUGCCCUGCGUGUCCCGGCCCUGGGCCCCACCUCUGGUGUCGGACGGUACCACAACGCGGUGAGCAGGGGCUGUGGGGGGACAAUGUGGGGCUGA